AUGGGUGUGAAACCUAUAAUUGCGCUUGCGGCUUUGGCUUUUGCUGUUUAUGCUCAACAUGAGCAUUCGCAUGAAGCACCACAUUUGAAAUAUACUCGUGAGAUGAAUGAUCCGGAGUUUGUUGAAAAAAUGGAUGUUCAUCAUCACGGAGGACAUGGUCAUGCUCAUGAUGCUGAUGGAGGUUGCCCACAUGCUAAAGCUGCGGCCGCCAGGAAAGCAGCGCAAGAAGCUCAUGGACAUGCUCACGAUCACGGACACACUCAUGAUCAUGGUCAUGCUCAUGAUCACGGUCAUGCUCAUGAUCACGGUCAUGCUCAUGACCAUGGGCACUCACAUGAUCAUGGACAUUCGCACAAAUCUGCAAAGCAAGUUUAUGAAGAAGUUCAUUAUACUGGAUUCCUCUCAUUCUUAAACGACAAUCGCACUAGGCUUUGGGUUUAUGCUCUCGGCGCUACUCUUUUAAUUUCUGCUGCUCCAUGCUUCAUCCUUGCAUUUAUUCCAAUUCAGGCCAAUACCUCGGAAUCUGGACCGUUGUUGAAGGUGUUGCUUGCUUUUGGAUCUGGUGGACUUCUUGGCGACGCUUUCCUUCACUUGAUACCACAUGCAACUCCAGCUGGUGGCGAAGAAUCCCAUGGACAUACUCAUGGGCAUUCGCAUGGAUCACAUGGUCACUCCCAUGGAGCUCACGAUUUGAGCGUUGGCAGUUGGGUUCUUGCUGGAAUCAUUGCAUUUUUGACGGUCGAGAAAUUCGUGAGAAUCGUUCGCGGUGAGGAUGGACACUCGCACUCGCAUGGUCAUUCUCAUGACGAGAAGAAGAAGGAUGAUAAGAAGAAAGACAAAGACGAAAAGAAGGUUGAGAAGAAGGAAGAGGGAGGAAGCAUUCGUGUUACCGCGUACCUAAACUUGGCCGCCGAUUUUACGCAUAACUUCACUGAUGGGCUUGCUAUCGGAGCGUCAUUCAUUGCCGGAACACCGAUUGGAAUCGUUACUAUGAUCACCGUCUUGGUUCAUGAGGUCCCUCAUGAGAUUGGAGAUUUCGCUAUUCUUGUUCAGUCGGGAUACUCAAAACCAAGAGCAAUGCUUAUUCAACUCGUGACGGCUCUCGGAGCAGUUUCCGGAUGCAUCAUCUCGCUUCUAGCCGCUGAUCCGGAUGCUCUUGCUAGCGCUGCCGGAAGCUCAUGGGUUCUUCCAUUUACCGCUGGAGGAUUCAUUUACAUCGCCACUGUUUCGGUGAUUCCAGAGCUCCUCGAGAACAGCUCAUUCUUUCAAACUGUCAAGGAAAUCAUCGCUUUGUUGACCGGAAUUUUCCUCAUGUACUUGAUUUCGAUUUAUGAGUAA